CGCGCGACUGCGCCGACUGCCUAUUUUGAACGGGCCUGCGCUGCCUGCCCACCCAACCUGCCCGCCCAUGUCACCCACCCAGCGUCACCGGAUUCUGGCUUCGAAAGUGAGGCUAAAUCAUUGCGCUCCAUAACUCUUACGAAUGUCGCUGCCUUUGGGACACGAAGUUUCACCUCUGGACACCCAGCUGGAGCAAGUGACGCAUCUCACAGCUGGAUGCGUGCUUUUGUGCAAUCCUCCGGAGCAACAGAAAACUUGUGGUCGUCAAGGGAAAAAGGACAACGACAAGAUGCACAAUUCGCCUGAUUCCAUGCCCUGGCCUUUCGAUGUUGCCAAUUGGUGUCGCUCAUGGCCUUCCGUCUUGUUGCCACAGCGUUGUGCAAAAGCCGUAGAGGGAGGAGGAAGACAACAUUGUCCUGGCUUUUCAAGGCUCUUCAUCCCGAGAUGCGCGUCGGUGUACGGAAAAGAUACAGAAGAGGUAAUUCCCUUGGUGCCUAACCGGAGAGCGCUUGUAUGCUUGGUGGGUUGUUAUUCUACAUUGCAUUUUGACAGUGGCGUUCUGUCUACGAGUAACGGUCUCGAUGCGCUUUCCAUUUUCGCUGUCGAAGAUGAUGACUGGAGACAAAUGGCGAGAAAGCGUCGAGACAAGAAAAUCCAAGAGAACUCUGAAGGGAAAAAGGAAGAAAGAAAAAGAAAGACGACAGAAGACAAAAUAUAAAAGACAAAAAAAAAGACUCAGAAGUUAUAAUACUCAAGAAAAGAGUUGUGACCAGCUGAACAAGGAGAAAAAUCUGAAACCAAGGCACGAUCCAAGAUCUUUCCCCAAACUUCCGAAGGGAGAGAGGAUCUGUUGGCAAGGUACCAAACAUGUGAAUGACUUGAUCGUUUGAAGAAUCGGAAGUUCGAUUUGUUCCCAAUUUCAAUGUCGAAUCGUCUGAUGGAAGAUGACGGA